AUGGCAUCUACAAUCACCGCCCCAUCAACCACUGCACCCCAUCUUCUGAGCAACAAUGACCACGAAGUCCAGACGAGCCAGUCGACCCCGAAAGGACCUGAGGCCCACGACGUAGUCGCGGAUUUCCACUACUACAAAGACCCCGGCGAUGGCAGUCUCCCAGCACCGAGCUACGUCGGCAGACCGGAGACAUACGAGCGACCGGCCGAGACGAGAACGAUGGUCGUGCACGACAUUCGUGGAGAAGAGGACAAGUACAGCUUGGACAAGACGGGGUUCCAGAUCUAUAGACAUGUCAGUCAGGAGAGCGCGUUUGAGGAUGAGGCGGAAAUCGAGAGGGUUUACUACCCGGAAAUCGAAGAGAUUUUGAAGUCUGCCACCGGCGCCUCCGAAAUCUUCAUCUUCGACCAUACCAUCCGCCGCCAAUCCUCCGACCAGCGCAUCACCGACGCGGCCAAAGCCCUCCGCGGCCCCGUCCAACGCGUCCACAUCGACCAAUCCUACAAAGCCGGCCCCGAGCGCGUCCAGCACCACUUCCCCGCCGACGCCGAGCGCCUCCUCAAAGGCCGCUACCAGAUCAUCAACGUCUGGCGUCCCAUCAAGACCAUCCGCAAAGACCCGCUCGGCGUCGCGGACGCCACGUCCGUGCCCGAAGAGGACCUUUUGCCCGUGCAGCUGAUCUAUCCGGAUCGUGUCGGGGAGACUUUUACGGUUCGUCCGAGUGCGCGUCAUCGCUGGUUUUACCUAAAGGAGCAGACGCCGCGGGAGGUGAUGUUGAUUAAGUGUUUUGAUUCUAAGCUGGAUGGGAGGGCUAGGAGGGCGCCGCAUAGCGCGUUUGUGGAUCAGGGGGCUGAGGGUGAGAGUCCUAGGGAGAGUAUCGAGGUUAGAGCGUUGGUCUUCCAUCCGGAUGAUGUUGAGUGA